UGAUGAUGAUGAUGCUUUUGGCACGGGUGGGAACUGAUUACCACCUAAGCAUACUCGCCUUCAAUAAGCGUUUUGGGCGACUUUCCCAGACCAGCUCCACAACAUCAUCAAUCAGAAAGGGGGGGGGAGGGUUUCGUUAUUGAAGAGAAUGAGUUAAAGUCAAAUCCAGAUCUAACUCUACGAAGCCUUGAUCAGGCGUCCCCGCACAAGUCGUAGACUCUGGAUUCAAUGAAUCAUACUGACUUUCAGUGUUUGUCAAGGUUUCAGACUGGAAGCCAAGUCCUGAAUGCUGCUGCAGCUUGCUAGAGUUCUGGAACCAGGUUUAGAAAGUAACCCAAGCAUGUUGAGCUUCAAGCAUCAUCUUCUCGGUAGUGUUACGGGCAUGGAGCCCCUCGUCGACAUGUGCUGUGAACUGCGAAUGAAGUCCCGGGCAAUCUCCCAACGUCGUGGAGAUCGAAGUCUGGAAGAACGCUCAUUUCGUUCAGCUGGUAUGGAUGUGCGGCAUUGGCGACGAGGCGUUAAUGUAGGCGACCUGUAUUUCAGGACUGAAGGUUUUAUAGGAGCAUUUGUGACAUGGUCUUCCUCUAGGGCGCUUCAAGCUACUUCUCCGUCUCCUGGUUGCAAAGACAGUGUUGCUGUCUUUGCGUUGAGUUUUUCUGUCAACAUCUAUACGUGGUGCAUGAAGUCGCGCGGUGGAGUUUCUCUACUCUCUGGAACAUACCCAGACCAUCAGCCAUGAUAUCCAUGAGACGUUGGGAGAUGGCCUGGAGUCCGGCUCAAGGGUCACAUAACACGUCUCCAUUUCGGUCGAGAUGGAUUAAUAGUUCUACGUAAGGGAAGAGCAGCGAAGAACUGUGCUUGCGCGCGCUUCGUAACACCGCACAGUCGACGUCUCCCGUGGAUGCAGAGAGGACCUUCAUGAAAGCUCAAGUAAACCCUCGAAUUCUACACAGUUAGCCAAGCCAAGCUUC